AUGCAGCUCAACGGCCUCCUUGUGUUGGCAAUUGCAACCGCAGGCGCCUCAGCAAUUGUCCCUCUUCCAUCCAAAACGCCCGUUCCUACGCUUGUCCACCGCGAUGAGUUAUCCACAACAUCGUCUACACCUUUACCAACUGGAGACUUCAUUGGGACACAAUUUAUCACACUUCCGGGAGAGACGAAUGCAUACUUCACGCGCCCAGCAGAGACGAUUACCUUGGCUAUACCUACUUGCAUCCAGACUAUCGUUCCCGACAAGAAUGGCUAUGUCCCACCAGGAACAUGCGGUUCAAAUUUUGCGUACUAUCCUAGUUUUUCCGCUGCUAUAGCUACCACCGUCAUCUUCGGGAUUCUGACUGGUGUGCAUAUUUUCCUCGCUGCUAAAUGGAAAGCUACAUACUGCUGGGUCCUUGUUCUGGGUUCAAUAUGGGAGGUUCUGGCUUUCCUAUUUCGCACUAUUUCGACCAAGCACCAACAAAGCUCCGGAAUAGUACUGGUAUCACAACUCUUUAUCCUUCUAGCACCGUUGCUGAUAAACGCGCACUCCUAUAUCACACUAGCGCGACUUCUCCAAACCUUUCACCCAGCCCAAAAACUCCUAGGAAUUCGCGCACAUCAUCUCUCACUUAUCUUCGUCUGCCUCGAUAUCCUUGCUUUCGCAAUCCAACUCACCGGUGGAUCCUGGGCUUCUCCUACUGACUCUACGGAAAAACAAUUGAAGGGGAUACACAUUUACAUGGGAGGUAUUGGAAUCCAACAGUUCUUCAUCGUGCUCUUUGUUGGUCUUUGUAUCAAAUUUCAUACAGAGAUGGGUGUGAUCGACAGGAAUGUUAUUGUUGAAGAAAAGGGACGAUGGAAGAAAUUACUCUGCGCAGUUUAUGCGAGCUUGGGAUUUAUUACUAUCCGUAUUAUCUUUCGUCUUGUGCAAUUUACAGCGGGAAAAGAGGGAGAAACGAACAAUCUUGUCGGAAAAGAAGUAUACCUUUAUGUCCUAGAAGCAGUACCUAUGAUUCUAGCAACUUUGUGUUUCAUAGUCGUACAUCCUGGCCCAGUUGUAGUGUCGAAAAUGCCUUCUGUAUUUGGGUCGUUGCGAAAUAAGUUCGGAAUUGGACGUGGAACACAAGGUAAGGCGUCUGAGUUGAAAGGUCUGGAUUCGGAAAGGUCGGCCUAUAUGGAACUGCAGAAUGAUGCGGCGAGAGGAUUUGAGGGUCGCAGAUAG